AUGAAGUUCUACCACGUGUUGACUAUAAAUCUGUUUUUGAUUGCCUGUCGAGGCCUGGUCAGCGAUGCAACCAUCGAAGAGGAGGACUGUGAAAAUGAAGAGAAAGAAGUGGAAGUUUGCGCCACAGACUUCCUCAUCUACCGCAACGGAUCACUGCCGCAAAGUGGCCCUGAGCUGGACAAAUUCUGCAGAGAGAGCAAGUCAAAUGAAGGCUGUCUGAGGGCUCACUCAAAGAAGUGUCUCUCACACUCUGCCAACCAGGCCAUCACCGAGUUGAUUCGAUCCAUGUCCAAACAGAACCGGGUCAUCUGCUCGAACAAGAACAACCGACGACUGUACGGAAAAACGACGCAGUGCAUCAACAAACACCCGACCCCUAAUGUCUGCUAUCAGAAGUUUGUCGAUGACGUCCACGGCAUUCACCAGUUCGGACAGGAGGAGAAGAUACCCGUCAUCUGCUGCUCCUAUGUUGCCUUUUCAAGUUGUCUUCAAGAGCAGGUGAAGAGCUGCGGCACUGAUUCAGUGAACGCAGUGAAUCGACUAGUGCAGAACUAUGCUGGAGAAACGUUAAACUACGUCUGUCGGGAGUACAAAGGGGCCAACAAGUGCAGCUCAUCGAACAAGCCUGCUGUCGAUCUGAGUCAAAUCAAUGAAGAAGUGCCCAAAAGUUUCUUUUCUCUGCUUGUGAAAAUUUAUCUCAGCUAG